AAGAGGAAGCGCGAGGGCCGGCCCCGCUCCCCCCACGUGUCCGCCGGAGUUUCUCCAGCAGCAACAUGGCCGCUGCCUGAUAGAAGACCCGGCCGCUGCCGUCUCUGCAACCCGCGGGUCCCUGGGCCGUUCCGCCGUCCGCGCCCGGCCCCGGCGGAGAGAUCGAGUUGAGGACUGUGUGGCAGACUCUCCCUAGUAUGGCCAAUGAAGAAGAUGACCCAGUCAUACAGGAGAUCGAUGUGUACUUGGCCAAAAGUCUGGCAGAGAAGCUGUAUCUCUUUCAGUAUCCUGUGCGUCCUGCUUCGAUGACCUAUGAUGACAUUCCACAUCUCUCAGCCAAGAUCAAGCCCAAACAGCAGAAGGUAGAGCUCGAGAUGGCCAUCGACACCCUGAAUCCCAACUACUGCCGCAGCAAAGGGGAGCAGAUUGCAUUGAACGUGGAUGGAGCCUGUGCUGAUGAGACUAGCACAUAUUCCUCAAAGCUGAUGGACAAGCAGACCUUCUGCUCCUCCCAGACCACCAGCAACACAGCUCGUUAUGCGGCUGCACUCUACAGGCAAGGUGAGCUCCACCUGACACCUUUACAUGGUAUUCUACAGCUUCGGCCCAGCUUCUCCUACCUUGAUAAGGCAGAUGCCAAGCACCGAGAGAGGGAGGCGGCCAAUGAGGCAGGGGAUUCUUCUCAGGACGAGGCAGAAGAAGACGUUAAGCAGAUCACGGUACGGUUCUCCAGGCCAGAGUCAGAGCAGGCUCGCCAGCGCCGUGUGCAGUCCUAUGAGUUCUUGCAGAAGAAGCAUGCAGAGGAGCCCUGGGUCCACCUGCACUACUAUGGCAUGAGGGAUAGCCGCUCAGAGCAUGAGCGCCAGUACUUGCUGUGUCAGGGAUCCAGUGGAGUAGAGAACACGGAGCUCGUCAAGUCACCCAGUGAAUACCUCAUGAUGCUCAUGCCACCCAGCCCAGAGGAGGAGAAGGACAAGCCUGUGGCUCCCAGCAAUGUCCUGUCCAUGGCUCAGCUUCGUACAUUGCCCCUGGCUGAUCAGAUUAAGGUCCUGAUGAAGAAUGUGAAAGUCAUGCCUUUCGCUAAUCUCAUGAGCCUCCUGGGCCCCUCUGUGGACUCUGUGGCUGUUCUGCGUGGCAUCCAGAAGGUGGCGAUGUUAGUCCAAGGAAACUGGGUGGUAAAAAGUGACAUCCUGUAUCCCAAGGAUUCUUCCAGCCCUCACAGUGGUAUGCCUGCCGAGGUGCUCUGCAGGGGCCGGGACUUUGUUAUGUGGAAGUUCACUCAGAGCCGAUGGGUGGUAAGAAAGGAGGUGGCAGCAGUGACCAAACUCUGCGCUGAGGAUGUGAAGGACUUUCUGGAGCACAUGGCUGUAGUGAGGAUCAACAAAGGCUGGGAGUUCUUACUGCCUUACGACCUGGAGUUUAUCAAGAAGCAUCCAGAUGUGGUCCAGCGGCAGCACAUGCUGUGGUCGGGCAUCCAGGCCAAAUUAGAAAAAGUCUAUAAUCUCGUAAAAGAAACCAUGCCAAAGAAGCCGGAUGGACAAUCAGCGCCUGUUGCUCUGGUCUCUGGGGAACAGCGGGUCCAAACAGCGAAAACCAAGGCCCAGCAGAACCAUGCCUUCUUGGAGCGUGAGCUGCAGCGACGGAAGGACCAGAUGCGGGCAGCCACAGUCCUGCCCAGUGUGCAGAUCAAGGAAGAACCCCUGAGUGAGGAGGAAGCUGAUGGGGAUGAGCUGGAGGCUGAGGAAGAGGAACCCAUGGACACUUCGCCCAGCAGUUGCUUCAGCACCAAGUUGGCCAAUGGGCUGCCUGCUGGGUGGGCAGUGGGUGGGGACAGCCUAAAUGGGCACCCAAUUCCAGGCUGUGCUAGCAACCCAGUUGCCCGGGAACUGAAGGCUUUUGUGGAAGCCACCUUUCAGAGACAGUUUGUGCUCACGUUGAGCGAACUCAAGCGCCUCUUCAACCUGCACCUGGCAGGCCUGCCCCCAGGCCACACACUCUUCAGUGGUGUCUCAGACCGAAUGCUACAGGAUACGGUGCUGGCCGCUGGCUGCAAGCAGAUACUGGUGCCUUUUCCCCCACAGACUGCUGCUUCCCCUGAUGAGCAGAAGGUAUUUGCCCUCUGGGAGUCUGGAGACAUGAGUGACCAGCAUCGACAGGUUUUGCUUGAAAUAUUUUCUAAAAAUUACCGAGUACGUCGGAACCUGAUCCAGUCUCGACUGACUCAAGAAUGUGGAGAAGAGCUAAGCAAACAGGAGGUGGAUAAAGUUCUAAAGGACUGUUGUGUAAGCUGUGGUGGCAUGUGGUAUCUUAAGGGGACAGUACAAUCCUGACAAUAGUAGCAAACAACUAACUCAACGAGUCCAAGCCCAGGGAAGGAUGCCAGAGCCACAAGCAGUCUCGACUUGCCUCGACACAGGAAGAGGAUCAGCCCACCUGGUGGCCUGUGGCCCCGCCUGACCCAGAGGACAGAGGGCUCACACUCGGCCAGUGGCAGGGUCAGCGUAAGUGAGACCGCUCCUAGCAGAGACCAGCCGGGCCUUCAUUGCAGUACAAUUUGAAAUUCCUGAUGUAUUUUGCUUACUGGGUUUCAUUCUCAUAAUAAAGAGAGUGUACACUGACAUGGGCAGGAUUACGAAAAUCAUGGUUUAAUAUUUUCCUCUUUUAAAUGAAUGCCAACAUAGUUAAAGUUAUGUUUACAAGAUGAAGAGAACCUUAAGGUUUUUAAUAUUUAAAAUGCCUAGAAGCCAAUAAUUAGUCUUAGAGUUUCUCUCUGCUAAGACUUCUGCCAAUUUUAUUAAACCAAAUUGAACAUUUUACUGUUGGGUUUCUGAGGCCACUUUACCUUUUACAGCAGCCUGCUUUCUGUAGCAGUCUCAACUGUUUACACAAACCAUAGCAAAACAUUAGAUAACUCCAUCUUCUCCUAAUGUUUGCAUAAAGGUGCAAACUGAACCAGGUAAGUGUGGAACAGUGUGUAAGCGAGGUUAUCAUUUUGAUGUAAAAAAAUUUAUAUUUUGUGUAUUUUUAAAAUAAAUGCUAACACUAAACUGGCA